CCCUUCCCCUUCCCCCCCCCCCCAACCAAACAAAAGAAAAAAUCAUUCUCGGAUCGUUGCAUUCCCCCUUCCCGCUCGGCAUUCGCCCCUGCGAAAUUCACAAUGCCGCCCAAAUCUUCCAAGGUUGGCCACGAUGAUGGGAAAUCCGAAACCACGAAUACAAAAGAAAAGAACUCGUCCGGGAACAAUCACCACGCCGGUAACGGUAAAGCCCGCCGUGGAGGGCACUCAGCAGCGUCCCAACCGAAGGAAACUCCCAAUGCCAACACCAAAACCACUACAAAAGAAGAACCACAGGCCCCCGGGAUCGAUUGGAACUCCUUCGACCGAGACGCCCUGCAUGCCUACUGCCGAGAGCAUCGCAUCAACACGCCAGCCUCGUUCUCGAAUUCGUACCGUCAGAUGAUCCUGUCACGGCCCGGUAGCAUCGGCCUGUACUCGCCCACAAUGGCUAGGAAACGAGAAGAGAGGAGGCAAAGCAAAGAAAAGCUAGCGUUGGUAGUGCGCAAGCAUUUCAACGGCGUGGGGGUCCAGGAGAACGAUGUCAUCGUCGACUUCAUCCACAAGGUCAGAUGUCGUAGCAUAUCGAAGGCGGACAGAAUGAGGCGCCCACCGCCUCCGUUCGAUCUGGAGAGGUAGGGGAACCGACGGUAGAGAACGGGAGAAAGAGCCUAUACAAGAACACAGACACACACCCCCUGGCCCGUGUAUGGCGCUUCUCGGGUGGUCUAGGUCUGGGUAUCGAAGGCGGAGGAUUGCAUUUCAGGCGUUUUGGUCGGAUAAAUCUGGUAUGGGAUUCAAACGGGACAUGCAUACCUCAACACAUCUGGUAGGAUGUCAUGGCGAUUGAUUGGGUUUGGGCUUUGGAUACGUCCUUCUCUUCUCU